AUGGUCGGACGGCUGGGGAGUGAGGGCGCAGGAUGGAAGAGCGUUUUGCGAGCAAUCGCCUCGAUACCUCAAUUUGCCUUUCGUCUAUUACCAAUGGUUGUCGAAAACUCGGCCUGGCGUCAGCAUUCGGCAACUCUACACAUACACUCUCUCGAAGUGCUCGGAAAGAAACGGCUACCAGCAUGCGGUCAAGUCGCGGCCGUAAAACGUGACACGAGGAAAUAUAACGGCCACUUCCGCGGUCAAAAGUGGCCAUCCGAGGGCACAGAUAAUUACUACAAGGCAGACGUGGAGGGAGUCAUCGUCGCACUUAGAGCACAGAGAACACAGGAGAACAAGAAGCAGUAG